UGCCUUCUCUCCUCCCUUAGCAACCGGGACGCUUUGGAUACCGCCAGCAGGUGGGGGCCGGGAGGGUGCGGGUGGCCUGGGCGCAGGGGCGACCGCAGCCCAACCCAGGUACCCCGCGCACUGGCAACCGCAGUGCGGAGCCUCUCGCGAGCGAGAUUUUGGCGGCGCCAGUGUGCCCGGGGCCCCACGCACCCACCCACCGCACCUGCCGCGGGGUCCAAAAAGGAUCCUGCAAAAAUGAGCCAUUCUCACCCGGCUGGAUUACUUGCAGCAUAUAAUAGUCUUACCGAUAAACACCUGGCUGGAUAUUUUAACAAUACAAGGAUAAGGCGGCAUCUCUUAAGAUCAGGGCUGAUCACAAGAAGUGGAAGAGUACUUUCUGAAAAAGAAUACAAACUAAAUAUCAUGAAGAGGGAUCACCAAAAAUAUAUCCGGGAGUGCUUAGCCCAGGCUAUUUUCCAUAAGGUUCUUGAUAUGGAGCGUUACCAUCAGCUUGAAAUAAGAAAGAAACUGGAGACCUUAGCUAGGAAAGAGCGAAUUCAGAGACUUAAGGGAGAGCCCACAAGAUGGUCUAUGGAAAAUAACAUGCCAGUCCUGUGUCCCCACCCCCCGGCGGGCCCAAAGACUAACCGCGGCCAUAGCGUUGUGGUUGAUGACGGACAUGUCAGUCCAAUGACACGGACAGCCCCUCGACCGUACACUGCCCCAGGAAAUAUGCAGCCUCCAAUUCGGUUACAGCCUCUUCCCAGUAAUCCUGCAGUAGGAACUGUUCCAAAGAUAACUCCGGGGUCCAGAUCAAAAACCUCAUUGCUGGAAAAUGAAGCUCCAUUUCCCAUUGGGGGCAAGAAGGCAGUGAUGAAGUUCAGGAACUCCAAGGACAAUUCACAGGGAAUGAAUCGAUACCAACUUCUUAACAGUUACAUACCUAUUCCUCCUUCACCUCCUCCUCGCAAUGGAAAAACCACAUGGGAAAAUAGACCUGAAACAUGGAGAAGGAGAAGAUUUCGUCCAACCACUGCUCCAAAUGGCUUAGAACCUCUCUUUACCAGGGAUUCAAGAAAGAUUCAUAAAACACCACUGCAUAGUAAUGCAGCUAUUACAAUGAUCUAUUUGGGGAAAAAUGUGCACCUAUCUUAUAUGCACCCAGACUUCCGGGAUGAGAUAAAAGUUUAUCAACAGCACUGUGGUGGGGAAAACCUUUGUGUCUACAAAGGCAAACUACUUGAAAAAGAGACCUUUCAGUUUAUUUCCAAAAGGCACCAUGGUUUCCCCUUCAGUCUCACCUUUUUCCUGAAUGGGAUGCAGGUGAACAGGUUAAGCUCCUGCUGUGAAUAUAAGCAUCGAAAAGGUUCCAGACUUGGAGGCAAACGAGGCUACUUUGGGUUUGUGUGUGUGGAGAGAUCAUCCCCUUGCUACAAGUGCAUUAUUGCAAUGGGCCUUGACAAAAAACCAACUUCACCAAAACCUAGGAAACAAAAGAGUACUGAGAAAAGAGAGGAACUGGAGAAGGGUAAAGGGAAACUGAGGAAGGAUAGAGCAUACAAGAUACCAAGAAGGAAUGAGAUGGAGGGCAACAGAGCCUCUGCUUCAGUCAUUUUUUCAGCAGAAGAGGAAAACACAGAGGUCGACGAAGUGAGAACUGCUAUAGAAGAAAUGGAAAGUAAAGGAAAACCAGUACAAUAUGUCUGGGAAGAUGACCAGGAAAAUAUAUUUAAAUAUGAAUAUGAAGAAGAUUUUGAAGUAUAUGAGGAGAAACAAGAUGAGAAAGCUAAUGAAGAAGGACAGGCUGAUGAUCAAAUGAAUGGAAUGUUAAAGUCACCCUCAGACUAUGAAAAAUAUAAUUUAGAUCCUGAAAAGGAGAAUGAAACCUUGUCACAGAAGGCACCAAAUGCUGAUGACAAUGUGGAAGAUGAGGAUGAUGGAUGUUCUGAGAGUGAAUUGGAAGAGGAUAAACAAGAUAUAAAAAAUGCUUCAUCAUCCUCAUCUAGAAGUCACCCAUAUUCUAGAUGUAGUGACAAUGAAUCUGUACUGGGGGGCAGAGAAACACUUGCUGAAAACAGUCCCAGUGAAAGUGCCAGAAGUUCAUCUUCUCAGGAUUUGAGUGAAAAUGAUGAGCCAGGAAAACCCCACCUUCCAACUAAGGAUUGCCUAAAAACUGAAAUUGAAGACCAAGAAAUAAUAAAAACAGAUGUGGAGACCAAGCCUCUGCCCAUAGAGGAAAGCUUGGAGAAUGUUCUUGAAGAAGAAACAGAGAAAGGAACCCAAGUGAUUGUAAAGGGCUCAUCUGAGAAGUCCAAGGAACAGAUUUCCAAGGAAGAAAAGGGAAAUUCUAAGAGUAAGCUUUGGAAAGAAAGCAUUGCUAAGGUGAAAGACAAAAAGGCAGGUCCCCGUAGGGUGGAGAAAGGUGUUGGACAGAUAAGAGCUGAACCUGGCUGCCACUGCCCCUGUGACACUGAGUCUGGUGUUAGCAGCACAGAUGAGGCAGAGAAGCACUCGAGGAAGCCAGAGACUGACACAGGUACAGUACCAAAUAGGAAUUUAAUGAUGGAAGAAAGGGAAACCCUCAACUCAAACAAGGAACUCAAGCCAAUUGCAGCAGAAAUGUAUAUACUGGAGAAGGACGAAGCAAUGGCAGAAGAUGAAAUCCCCCAACACAGGGAUGUUGACACAACAGAAGAAAAAGGGGAUGUAAUACUGUGGGGAAAAGUAGGGGUUAAUGAGCUUCCCUUUGGGGAGAGGAAGCCAACAGCAGGGCAGCCAGUGUUAGUAAAACAAUUUACAGAGGGAAGAGAGAUCCCUCAGCACAUAGCGAGUGGGGCAGAGGCAGAGGAUAAAGAGGGGUUAAACCCCAUGGGAAAAGAAGCAGCAAGAGCCUCUGAAUGUCUGAAGGAAGAUGAGGCUCUUGAAGAGCAAGGCUUGAUGCAGACAGUGCUGGAGACAGAGAAGGCAGCUUCUGAAGAGGAACAAGUUUCGGAGAAGGCAAUCCUUGCAAACAAGGCCCUAGCUCAGAACUCAGAGUGUGUUCAGGAGGCAGCAGCUCUGAGCAAGGCCACGAUGCCAAAGGGAAAGGCAGAGGGAAGGGCAGUCGUGAGUGAGGCAGGGUCUGAAAAGCUAGAUGUGGAGGAGAGUGAAGAGGAGGCACCCACAGAUCUAGAGGACAUGGGACCUGAGGAAGAUUCUGCAUCCUGGGGAAAGGCUGGUUCAGAAGAGGCAAUACAUGGGGGAGAGGAACGAGCUCAUGAUAGGAAAGCAGUUAUGGGAGCAGAAACACCGCUGAGCUCCUCAGCUUCUGAGAAGGCCGAGGCAAUCCAGGUGGGAGUUUCGAAAGACAGCCUGGAAGAACUUUGCCAGGAAGAUGUGGAAAGGAAGGAAGUUGCAACUGAGGUAGAAUCUAGUAAGGAAAAUGAUAGGAAAGAAAUAUUACCUGAGGAAUUCUAUGCAGCAAAAGAGAGGAUGAAAGCUGAGAGGCCAAAAACACCUCUAGGGGAAACUGAAUCUGAGAGAGAAGAGGUGACAAGGGCAAGUGUGCUUCAGGAUGAAAGCAUUUUAAAAGAAGAGCAAAAGUUUAAAAGGGAAGAGAGGGAAACCGUGAAGGAAGUAAGACCUGAGGAAGGCUCCCAAACUGAAGUGAAAUGUGAUGUUGAGAAGGAAGCACCCACAGAGGCGUCUGAAUUGAUUGAAAACACAGGGCCACAAGAAGAAGAUAUACUGAGAGAGAGAGAGGUGACUAUGUUAGAAACAGCAACUGGAUUUGAAAAGUCACUGGAAAGCAUAAGAGCUCUGAGGAAAGACGAAGGAGGGGAAAGACUGAGAGAAACUGGAGAUACAGAGCACGAAGGCAGAGCAGAGAUGCUUCACAGAGAGGAGGAGAACGUGGCUCCCUCAGAGCCGGAUGAGGGGCCAGACCCUGAGGGAGAGGGUGUGAUAGGACCUCCUGAAAGUGACCCAGUGCGACAGGCACAGGCAGCUGAGGCUACGAUCACAGCCACAGGCGAGGCCCAGGAGUGUGCAGCCCACGAUCAAGAUGGCCUUGCAGGACUGGAAAGGAGAGGUAAAGAAGGGUCUUCGCAAGGGCAUCAAGGAGUAGGGGCCACGGCAAUGACCCAAGAAGAUGUUCCUAAGGGAGGUUCCAUGAUGGGAGAAAGGUUGAGUGAAGAAGUGAUGGAUGAGGACCCAGAAGGGGAGGCUGAUAAAGAGUGCAUCCUGGGGACAGGCGUGAUGAAGGGCAGGGACACAGAGGGGGAUGGGAGCUUGCAAGGAGGAGUAGUUGUGACUGAAGAAGAUCUGCACCAAGAUGGAGGAACAGCAGAAAUGGCUGAGGUGAAAAAAGAGGUGUUGGCAGAUUUGAAGGCAGCUGCGGAGAACACAGCUGCAAAUACAGCCUCCAACUUUUCAGAUGUUGCUGAAGAGGAAACUUGGCACACAGUGGAUGAGUUACUUGGAAAAGCAGCAGCUGCAGAGAGGGUGGCAGUAGAGGAAACAGCACUGAGCAGGGAGGAUGUGCCAGCAGUGGAGGAGAUGCCAGGGAUUGGAGCAUCAGAGACUGAGGUAGGGGAUCUAGGGGAACCUUUAGACCUGGAAGGGAAGGCCCCACAGCUCGGGCAGGCUCCAAAGGGAGAGGAAGCUGGCACCACUCAGCAGGGGGCAGAGCUAAUGGGAGAGGAGACAGGGCUGUGUAGCCCUGUUGGGGGACAGGAGUCAGGCCAGGCUGAAGAAUUCAGACUAGGAUUAUCCCAAAAGCGAGAAUCUGAGCCAAGGGGAGAGAGUCUACAGGAUGAAGCAAUACUCCCUGUAAAACCCGACUGCACUGGAAACCAAGAGAAACAAGAACAUACAGUGCAAAGAGAAAGUGAGAAUGUAGGUCUUUCCACGAACCACAUGAAGGCCUAAGAGACUUCAUGGCAGACGGAUAUUUUUAAAAAUGUGUUCUGGAAGACUUAAAGAGUGGAGAAAUAUUCAGCCGAGCAUCUCACCAGGACUUUAGGUUUUAUCUUUUUUUAAGAAAAUCACUGUGCUUGUCUGAGCUGGUUCCCAGUCUGUCAGUGGUGGUUAGUAGCACAGCAAGCACCUUGACAAUAGCUGGCACAUCUGCCAGACCCUCCUUACAGCAGUGGUUCCUAACAGGACUGUGAGGCUGUCAUGCAUUCAACAUAGCUAGCGUGCCUAUAUUCAAAUUAAAUUGAUGGUUUUCAAAUGUUCGACUUUCCCCA